GCUGCCGGGACUGCUUCCGAGGUCACCGUCCCGGACGCGGCUGCAGAGCGCAGGCCCGCUGCGCGCCUGCAGGAGGGGACGAGCCCACCGGCGCUCAAACCUCGGGGCCCAUGCCUCCCCUCCGCCCUGCUCCCGCACUCGGCCGUCUCCUUCCGUCUCUGCUCCGUUCCGUGUUUCCAGACGCGCCCGGCGCCCGGCCGAGGGCCCACGCCGCGGGGCUCUUCCGGCCAGGCCCGCCCCUCGCCCUAGCUGCUAGAGGCCCUGCGCUGUUCCGGGCGCUCCGGCAGCCGUCCAGCGCGCGCAGCCGGAGCCGAGGCUGCCACGGCGCCAAGGCCCCCGCCAUCUCCCCCAGCAAGCGGGCCCGGCCCGCCGAGGGCAGCGGCAUGCGGCUCCGCUUUACCCGGCUGUCGGAGCACGCCACCGCCCCGACCAAGGGGUCCGCGCGCGCCGCGGGCUACGACCUGUACAGUGCCUAUGAUUACACGGUACCGCCUAUGGAGAAAGCCCUUGUGAAAACCGACAUUCAGAUAGCUCUUCCGUCUGGAUGCUAUGGAAGAGUAGCUCCACGUUCUGGCUUGGCUGCAAAACACUUCAUAGAUGUAGGAGCUGGUGUCAUAGAUGAAGAUUAUAGAGGAAAUGUUGGUGUUGUACUGUUUAAUUUUGGCAAAGAAAAGUUUGAAGUCAAAAAGGGUGAUCGAAUUGCACAGCUCAUUUGUGAACGGAUUUUUUAUCCAGAAAUAGAGGAAGUUCAAGUUCUGGAUGUCACUGAAAGGGGGUCAGGAGGUUUUGGUUCCACUGGAAAAAAUUAAAAUUCCAAGAACAGAAAAUGAGAAAACGUACUUUUUUCUUAAAGCGUUUUUGGUGUUUUGUACUUCUGUAGACUUAAUAGCUUUAACUUCUAAAGAUAUUUGUUCUCUUCUUUUCAGGGAAGGGGCACCUCUGUUGGAAUCACAGAGAAACUUACUUUCUUGUGUUUUUCUGCAUUUGGUUGUUGUAUGAAUCUCUGUGGUGACCUAAUGCAGACAGUUUUGUUAAUCAGAUGUACAUUAUUUACACAUCCAAAAAAGACUGUCUGAUUUAACUCAACUGAAUGCUACCCCUUCACUUCAGCAAGCUAUUUUAUUUCAAUUGCUUUAUAAAUCAUAAGCAGUGCCUUUCAUUCAACAAAUUUGAUUUCUUUCACAGAUGCAAAUUAUUGCAUAAACUGAACUAAAAGAUGACAAAAAGAAGUUAAAGUUAUUCUUUGUUUUUCUCUUCAUUGGUCUAAAACAAUUUUUGUUAUGUAUUUAAGAUGCUUUGUGAAGGUGGGAGGAAGAGAAUCCUCAGUGUAUUUUUUUAGUGUUCUCUUUGUUUUUUUUAAUCUUCCUUUCGGUGGACCCCGGGUUGACUGGUGGAGAGGUGUGUUUGUGAAAGGAAAUGUAGUUUGGGAAUUUGCGGUUGGUUUGUUCCUCUGAAUUUCAUUCCAUCAAGUAAAUUGUACAAGUUGUAGUUGUAUGAGUUUCCUUCACUGAAGUAACGAUAAUAGGCUGUAUCCAAGAAAAUAUUGAAUUAGGGAUUGAAUAGGGAUAAAAUACAUGUAAUGAUAGAUGUUUAGGCCACUAGGUAUGUCGAGGCCAGCUACUUUUGAGUAAAUAUGUCUAAGCAGCAUUUCAUUGUGGAUAGGGGCUGAUUCCCUGGAUUAGCUUGAUUAACAUCUGUUAUCACCUUCCAGGUGUGCUUUCCUCUCCUGUAUUUCCCAGACCCCUUUGCAUGGGGCUUUGGGCAUCACUAAGGCUUUGUCAAUCAGAUGCUCUAGUGUGAGACUCCUGAAGCAUCAUUUUGCUAGUGUGGGUCAUGAAGACUCUACUUCUGGAGCUGGCAGCUCACUUGGCCACCCAGUUCCUAGAAGCACAGGCUGGAGUUAGUGUCUUCUGUGCUUCCAGUGAUUCUUGGGCCAUUUAAUAUCCUGCAAUGUAGUAUUUUCCAUCUGUGGGUCACAAUUCAUUAGUGAGUCAUGAAGUCAACUCAGUGGGUCAUAACUAGCAUUUAAAAAAAUUGAAUAGAAAAAGCAGAAACAUGUCAGAUGGGUAAAUACUGUGAAGAUUGUUUGAAUUAAACAUUUAUGUGUGCCCGUGUGUACUGUCAUGAUGUAAAUUAUUUCUGAAAUCAAUAAGAUUUAAAUAAAUUCUUUUCUGCUAAACUA